GCAUGCGCGCACAAUCACAAAUAUGCCCGGUGCCUGACAGACUGUCGAAAGCAAAUCAGCUGGAGCAGCAUGUUUUUCUAUCUUUCUGUCUUUCUCUCUCUGUCUUGCUCUCUUUCUUUGUGAUUGGUGCUUGAGGUCAGAGGUCAUGGCCAGGGAUUGUGGCAUGUUUGUGGACUGGUCUCAGAUGGGUGAUGUUUCUCGCGACGCGGCUCCCGGGAAGACUGAAUAUAAGGAGUUAAAAGAGCUGAAACAACAUGCUCGCUCUGGCCAGUGGGCGAAAAAUCACACCCAGCGUGCUACCGUUUACCAGCAUCUGCUCAAAGCGCUCCCAUGUCGAACCGUCACUCCGGACGCUGAGGUCUACCGGGACAUCGUUGGGAAUUCCACCAACAAGUGUAACCCAUCCGCCUAUCCUUUACCUGAGUUUGUGGAUGUGACAGAGGUACCGCGGUAUUGUCUCAAAGUGGAAUCCGUUGGCUCGGUGCAUGUUGUCAUUUCCUGCGUGGCAGGGCAGUUCCCGGAUAUCUCAUACUGCCCGUCGUUGCCUGCGGUGACUGCGUUGUUGCUGCAUUGGAGCGCAGAUGAAGCACAGUGCUUUGAGAGCGUCAGUCGCAUGUUGGCCUGCAACGAACCGGGUCGGCGUUUGUUAGAUCAGACUUUUCUCGCAUAUCAAUCGUCCUGCAUGACUUUUGGCGACCUCGCGCAUAAAUAUUGCCCUGCUGCGCAUAAGCUGAUCGUUGCCACGGCGACAGAUGUACUGGAGGUGUACUCUGAUUGGCAGCGAUGGGUUCUCGGUGACCUGCCAUUUGAUUAUGCUGCACGCGUGCUGGACGUCUUCUUGGUGGAGGGUUACAAAGUUCUUUAUCGUGUCGCGCUGGCGAUUUUGAAGUUCUACCGCAAGCAGAGCGCAGCCUCUGGAACAGCCCUAACCAAAAAGGACUCCGCAGGGGUCAGAGGUGAUAUCCAGGCAUUUGUGAAGAACAUUGAGAAAUGUGUGACGCCAGACAAACUGCUAGAGAAAGCCUUCUCCAUUCGCUUAUUCAGCCGCAAGGAAAUCAUGCUGCUACAGCUGGCCAAUGAGAAAUCACUUCAGCAGAAGGGCAUCACCGUCAAACAGAAGAGACAAAAUGUGCAGUUAGCGGUGAACGCGGAUAAUUUCAGCUCUGAGAUCGUCAGUGCUAAAGAGAUCAGAGAUAUCUGGUCGUGGAUUCCCGAACGCUUCGCUCUAUGUCAACCACAGCUGCUCUUUACAACAUCAGCACACGGCUGCAGCCUGAACAGGUUUUAUGCACAUUGUGAGGGAUAUGAACCAACACUGAUGCUCAUCAGAACUACUGAUGGAGAGGUGUGUGGGGCCUUCCUGUCCACUGAUUGGGAGGAGCGGAAGAGAGGCGGGAACAAGCUCAGCUUCUUUGGCACAGGAGAGUGUUUCGUCUUCAGAAUGAAGCCUGAGAUGGAGCGUUACGAGUGGGUCAUAAUCAAACACCCGGAGCUAGCGAACGCAACCCAGCCCGUGGGCGAUGAACAGGCCUGUGCAGAAGGCAACGGCACACCACAGUCCCUGGAGAAACCAGCUUUAGACCCGUCGUACCUCUCCCCUUUCCUGUCUGCACGACACUUCAACCUCAACUCACGCAACACCUCCAUGUUUAUGGCGGGAAACGUGGACUCCAUCAUUAUCGGUGGAGGUGAUGGUAACGCUCUCUACAUCGAUUCUGAGCUGAAUCACGGGCGAACCGAGCGCUGUGUGACCUUCGACAACCCGCCGCUGUGCGCCGAGAGCUUCCAGGUGGCACUGCUGGAGGUGUGGGGCUUUAAAGACGCCAUGGCAACAUAGAGCAGCUUGUCACGCUCUUAAGAGAAGAUUUGGAUGAUUAAACGGUGACUGUGGGAUUGUGUUGUGUUGUGUUAGAUGUCUCUUAAUGUUGAUGCUCCUUUAAUGCACUAAAAUCUGACCUGAGCUCCGGCGAGGAUGUUUUAUUGCUUAUAUUUCAAAAUGCAAAACAUGUGUAUCAUUUACGGUGAUGUAUGUAGAUAUGUUUCUAUUUUUACAUUUCAGCAGAAGGCCUGAGUUGGUUUAGUUCAGAAGAAUUGCGAUGCUCUUAUGACAUAAAUGAAGUUUACUUUAGUGUACAGCAAUAUCAUUUUUAAAAUCGCUGUUAGUCAUUAUCAAUAUCUUAAAGAAAUGAGAAACAGCACAGAGAAAGUUUCUCCAUCACAACCAAAUCCCCUCUGUUCCUGUGUGCCAACUGGGAAAAAUCAGCUUUUCCAGGCUCUCUGCAAAAGUGGACCGGAAAACAUGAGAUCUCCAUAGACCUGCAGUCAUUAUAUGUUUAUUGAUUACAAAUUAAAAGUACAUCUGGGGCAUUUUUAAAGGCAUUCCAGUUAUCUUUUAAAGGGAUAGUUUGCCCAAAAAUUAACAUUCUGCACUUAAAUUUUUUUAUAUAUAUAUUUUAGCCUAUUUUUAAGAUUCACGCAUUUCGGUUUCAUAACAAAAUUCAAUAAAAUUGAUUAUGAGUUAGUUUUUUUUAUUAUUAUUUUUUUACUUAAUAUUACUUUCAAAUUCAAUUUGAUCGAAUUUUGUUAUGAACUUGAAAUGCGUAAAUCUUAAAAAAUAUUUUUUAAAUGUGUGAUAUUAUUUACUCACCCUAAUGUCGUUCCAAAACCUGUUUGAUUUUGCCCCAUGGAACACAAAAUGAGAAAUGUUAAAAAAUCAAAUCAUACAGUGACCAGAAGCAGUAAAGCUUCGAAAAGGGCAAAACACAGCACAUAGUCGUACAGACUAUUUUUUAAGAUACUUGUAUUGUGGGGGCCUGCGUAGCUCAGCGAGUAUUGAUGCUGACUACCACCCCUGGAGUCGCGAGUUCAUAUCCAGUGUGACUCCAGCCAGGUCUCCUAAGCAACCAAAUUGGCCCGUUGCUAGGGAGGGUAGAGUCACAUGGUGUAACCUUCUCGUGGUCGCGAUUAGUGGUUCUCGCUCUCAAUGGGGCGUGUGGUAAGUUGUGCGUGGAUCGUGGAGAAUAGCAUGAGCCUCCACAUGCUGCGAGUCUCCGCGGUGUCAUGCACGACGAGUCACGUGAUAAGAUGCGCGGAUUGACGGUCUCAGAAGUGGAGGCAACUGAUACUUGUCCUCCACCACCCGGAUUGAGGCGAGUAACCGCGCCACCACGAGGACCUACUAAGUAGUGGGAAUUGGGCAUUCCAAAUUGGGGAGAAAAGGGGAAUUUGGCUGCUUUGCAGCCCCUGGUUACUGUAUGAUUUUGUUGCAUUGAAAAGAGCAUUGCUAACAUUCUCCAAAAUUUCUUCUUUUGUGCUGCAUGGAAAAAGAAAAAAAAAAUUAUGGGUUUGGAAUGACAUGGAGAAGAGUGAAAAAUGACAUAGUAAAUUUAGCAUCUUAACAUGAGUACACUGUAACAUUCCAUAUCAUUUAAUCAUUUAAUAACAGAAUGUGAUGUAUCAUAUCACUCCGUCCAAAUCCUAACAAACCAUUCAAAACAGGAAGUGAAUCUUCAUUAUAUUUAGCUAAACCUCAACAUUGGAUACAUGCAGGUUUCAUUUUACUAUGAAGUGUAUUAAAAGGAGAUUCUUUAUUUGUUUAUUUGUUCAUUAUUUAAUUGUCUUUUCUUGAGGUAUAUGUACAAAGGCAUAAUCAGCACUAUUUUAUGAAUCUUUUAUUUGCACUUAAUCAACAUUAAUAAGAUUCUAAGUUGAUUCAUGAUAGUAAAUAAUCUAUGAAUGAUCAUCAUCAAUAAUAUAUGGUUUGAUAUCAGUUUCUGGAUAUUAUAAGAUGAUCUCUGAAUUAAUGAUCAAACUUUUGUGUAUGUAUCUUGUGUUCCAUAUCAAGCUGUGUGUGUGUGUUUAUUAUGCAUCUCGUUCAGGACAAGCGGGCCAUCCAAACCAAGUGUGUGUAAUGAAAUGUGUGUGUUUAUCUGUGAUGUAAGGUUGCAAGAAUGAAGCUUAAGUCUUAAAUAUGGACAAAUAUAGUGUCAAAUAUUAAGUAAUCUCUCUCUCUGUUUUAAAUCUCAUAUUUUAUGAGUUUAUCUGCUCAUAGAAGUUGUAAAGGAUUGUUUCACCUUCAAACUGCACUGAAAACCCUAAUAAGUUGACUCUACUCAGAUGAAUUGAGUAACGGCGUCUCCACAGAAAUGCUUAUAUGUGUUUCAGUUGCACAUGCAUAAGGAGAACAGAUAGAUUUAACAGGGUCUUAACCACAGACAUUAAUUGAAUAAUGAAAGCAAGGCAUUGUAGGUUUUUUUAUUUUUUAAGAAAGAUAAUUUCAAGGAACAUAGAAAUGUUAUUUGUGAGCCCAAUACUUGACAUUUCAAGGAAUGUUAAAUUAAGACAACUUGAUUUUUCUCAGUAAUGACAACAUUAGGGUUUACAGUGUAGGGAGUCGUCCAUUCCGAUGAAGUCUGGAAAGCAUAACUGUGCAAGUUGUCAAUAAAAUGUUUUUCAUUUGCUCAA